AUGAGAUGCAUUUGGAAAACGUUCCAGGAUAUUGCAAAAAGCAACAUUGGUAUCUCCGCCUACUUGCUCCGCCCAUCCUCGGCGGGGUGGACUCCUGACAGCUAUGGGGACCACCGAGCCUGGCUGGAGAACUUCCCCGGGGCAGCGCUGGCCGACGCCCCUGACCCUCACUUGCACCCCAGUGAAUCCCUGAGCGCCCGCCUCCUCUGCCCCUCUCCUUCAUGCAUCCCUGCCCGCAUCCCUGGGAAGACUGGACCUGGGGGCCCUUCAGAGUCACCCCACGUCCCGUCUCCACCCCAGUGGGCGCAGCGGCACCCGGGCGGCAGCCGCCUCAUCGGCCACCAUGGAGCGGAGGACGCCACGGACGCUUUCCACGCCUUCCACCAGGACCUCGGCUUCGUGCGCAAGUUCCUGCGGCCCCUGCUGGUCGGCGAGCUGGCCCCGGAGGAGCCCGGCCGAGACGGGCCUCAGAACGCCCAGCUCCUCGCAGACUUCCGAGCCCUGUGCCAGGUGGCCAAGGACAUGCAGCUGUUCAGGGCCGACCCUGCCUUCUUCGCCCUCAUGCUGGGCCACAUCCUGGCCAUGGAGGUGCUGGCCUGGCUGCUCGUCUACCUCCUGGGCCCCGGCUGGGUGCCCAGCACGCUCGCCGCCCUCAUCCUGGGCGUUUCCCAGGCUCAGAGCUGGUGUCUGCAGCAUGACCUCGGCCACUCCUCCGUCUUCCUCACGUCACGGUGGAACCGCGUGGCCCAGCAGUUCGUCAUGGGGCAGCUGAAGGGCUUCUCCGCCCACUGGUGGAACUUCCGCCACUUCCAGCACCACGCCAAGCCCAACGUCUCCCACAAGGACCCCGACGUCACGCUGGCGCCCGUCUUCCUGCUGGGGGAGUCAUCUGUGGAGUAUGGCCGGAAGAAGCGCAGAUACCUGCCCUACAACCGCCAGCAUCUCUACUUCUUCCUCCUCGGGCCCCCGCUGCUCACCCUGGUGAACUUCGAGGUGGAGAACCUGGUAUACAUGCUCGUGUGCCUGCAGUGGGCGGACCUGCUCUGGGCUGCCAGUUUCUACGGCCGCUUCUUCCUGGCCUACGUCCCCUUCUAUGGCGUCCACGGGGCGUUGCUGCUCUACGUGGCCGUUAGGGUCCUGGAGAGCCACUGGUUCGUGUGGGUGACACAGAUGAACCACAUCCCUAGGGACGUGGGCCAGGACAGGCACCGCGACUGGGUCAGCCUGCAGCUGGCGGCCACCUGCAACGUGGAGCCAUCACCCUUCGUCGACUGGUUCAGCGGGCACCUCAACUUCCAGAUCGAGCACCACCUCUUCCCCACGAUGCCCAGGCACAACUACCGCAGGGUGGCCCCACUGGUCCAGGCGCUGUGUGCCAGGCACGGCCUGCUCUACGAGGUCAAGCCCUUCCUCAGAGCCAUGGUGGACAUUGUUGGGUCCCUGAAGAAGUCUGGUGACGUCUGGCUGGACGCCUACCUCCACCAGUGAAGUCGGGGCAGACGGCCGGGGACCCGAGCCUACGCCCCCAAGGAACCGCUGCCCACCGGCAGGCCCUGUCCCGUGGACCCUGUGGCACGGAGGGAGGUGUGGCAACCACACCUCGGCACAGCAUGUUUUCCCACACCAGAAUCAGGGAAAACUGUUAUUUUUAUAUAAAAGCCAACCCAGAGUGCUGUGGAGCAGAGUGAUGAAUGUGAAUGGAUUUAGGGACUGGGAGCUGUCCCGGCUCUCUGGCUGGGGAGCCUGGGGGUGCCAGGGGUGGAGGCAGAGUGCAGGUGUCUGCUCAGGGCUUUUCCAGAAGCAGGGUCCCCCACCAGCUGCAGGGUCCACUUCCCCAGGGUCGCCCCGUGGAGAGGAAAGGCCCAAGUACUGUGAUUCUUGCCCCCGCAACCCCACAGAGGUGGGGAGAUGCUGUGUCCCCCCCAAAGCCCCCCACAGGCGGCUCUGCCUGUGAACCUCAUCCCAAGGCCCAGCCUGUUGCUCGCGUGACUAUGGGUGUCCAGGGUGCUGAGCAGGGAGUGAUGGCUGUGUGGUUCCUUGCCCUCCUUUCCUACCCAGGAGCCCCCUGCCCAGCCCAGGCCCACACAGCUGCUGGAUUGGGCACCUGGGGUAGGGGUAUGGGGCACCCUCCGCAGCUCACACCCCCAGGCCAGGACCCCACCAGCCACGAAGCCUUUGCCCUCUUUCUGGGGUCUAUGGGGGUGGGGUGUGGAGGCCAAGCCCUGCCCUGGCCAGGACUCAAGGUUGCGUGACCUGGGAAAAGUGAUUCAGCCUCCCUGAUCCCAGUGCUACCUCCUAGGUGAUGGAAAACAAAAGGGUCACGUUUUGUGGCCUGGUCCACCCCUUGCCCUGGGCCCAAGUCUCAUUUUGCUCCUGAGAGCAGGAGGUACUGCUCACCCCUGAACAGAGCCCCUGCCUAAGCGCAGGACCGGCAGGCCUGCCUGGGUGUCCCUGCCCGACUGUGCACACCCCCGGGACCCUCCCUGAGGUCCCCUCCGUGCCCCCGGCGCCUGGGGAAUGGGCCACCCCCACUCAGCCCAGCUCCUCGCCCCCAUAGGUCUCUUGUUUGGUCACAGAACAAAAUGGGACACAGCACAGGAAGCUCCUCAGGGCCUGAGACCCUGUGCUCCCCGCCGCCCCUUCUGUGACCCGCAGCCCUGAGCAGCUCCUCAGGUUACGGCCUCGGUGUGGGUGGCCUGGGACCCAGCCCGCCUGCCGCAGGUCGGGGACUGACCAACGCUCCUGCUGGCCCCAGCCCCACAAGCUCAGGCUUGUGCCAUGGCUUCCCCACAAUGCAGUGGCUGGCAGCCCACCUGCCACACCACAUACGGGGCAGACGGUGCAACACCGUGCGUGGCUGUGGUGUCCCGGCGUGCUGGGUGGCGUGCGUCCCAGGGCACAGGAAGCACAACUGGCCCACACAGGCGGGGCCAGCCAGACCCAGCAGCUCCUGUGCGGGGCGGAGCAGCGACACACAGCAGUCGAGGCUGUGUGGGUCGGUGGCUGCCAACCUCUGCUCAGCCCUUCUUGCCCAAGGCCAUGUCUCCCUCCCAGCGCCCGAGGAGCUCGCAGGCCGCAGGCUGGAGUGGCCCCUGCGAUAAGCCUGUGAGCGCCCGCCCAUGGCCAGCCUUAUCUGCUCCACUCUGCCAACUGUCUGGGGCCCCCGCCCCCACCUGCCCCAGGAAGCCUGGCAAGGAGCAGCCAUGUGGCCUCGGGCCGGUCCCUCUUCCCUCAGGUCUCAGCUGCCCACCGUGGACCGCAGCAGUCGGGGUCUGAUGCCCAUGGUGUGGAGCUGUGGACCAUGGGCUGUCCCACCUGCGGCAGGAAGUAACCUGGGCACUGGGCAGAGCCGGGCGGCUGAGCGGGAAAGGCCACGGGGCAGUGCCUGGGGCCACAUCCAGGGCCACUCUGUGACCUGGCUUCCCCUGCCACCCAGCCCUGCUUCAGACCCCAGAGCCUCUGGCGUGGGCGAGAGGCGCGGGGUGGGGCCCAUCUGCCCCGCACCCCCAGGCCAGGCCCGUACCUGGCUCCCCAGCCCCCCAAGCCCACACCCGACGUCAGCAGUGGGAAGCUUGCCGG